UUUUUCGCAUAAUAUCAGGAAACCAGUCAACCGGAAAUGAAGAAAUAUUCCAAAACAACGAUAAUUCUUUGUCUUUGUGUUUAAUUUUCCCGUGUAUUUUCAAGUCGUUGCAAAUAUUUUAAUAUGAAAUCAGGCGACCCAGAAGUUGUCCUUGAAAUUGGAGAUCAUUAUCUAGUCCGACGAAAUGAUAAAACAUGGCAUGCUGCUGAAAUAAUACAGACACGUGCCAAAGAGACAUCUGGAAAUGAAUAUUAUGUCCAUUAUGAAGGCUUUAACCGCAGACUUGAUGAGUGGGUUGAUUUGGACAGAUUUGAUUUGACCAAUAAAAUUGAAGACCAGCAGAGUAAGAUAAAGGAUGUUACUGUAAUGAUGACAGAUCUCAGUGAUGGCACUGAUAGAAAACUUACACGUAAUCAGAAACGUAAACAUGAUGAAAUUAAUCAUGUACAGAAGACAUAUGCUGAGAUGGAUCCUACUACAGCAGCAUUAGAAAAGGAGCAUGAGGCAAUAACAAAAGUAAAGUACAUAGAUAAGAUUCAGAUAGGGAAGUAUGAGAUAGACACAUGGUAUUUCUCACCUUAUCCUGAGGAAUAUGGCAAACAACCAAAACUCUUUAUCUGUGAAUAUUGUCUUAAAUAUAUGAAGCUAGAGAAAACAUUCAGAUAUCAUCAGAGUCAGUGUGUAUACAGAUUUCCUCCAGGCAAGGAGAUUUACAGGAAGGGAACUUUGUCUUUGUUUGAAGUUGAUGGAAAAGAUAGUAAAAUUUAUUGCCAGAACCUAUGUUUACUAGCCAAGUUAUUUUUGGAUCACAAGACACUAUACUUUGAUGUGGAACCUUUCUUGUUUUAUAUCCUGACAGAGGUUGAUAGACAUGGUUGUCAUCUUGUUGGAUACUUCUCUAAGGAGAAGGAAUCACCAGAUGGUAACAAUGUAGCUUGUAUCCUAACAUUACCACCAUUCCAGAGGAAAGGAUAUGGAAAAUUCCUCAUAGCUUUCAGUUAUGAGUUAUCAAAGUUGGAUUGUACAGUUGGUUCCCCAGAAAAACCUUUAUCUGAUCUCGGUAAACUAAGCUACAGGAGUUACUGGUCCUGGGUACUCCUUGAAAUACUACGAGACUUCAGAGGAACUCUCUCAAUUAAAGACUUGAGUGAAAUGACAAGCAUCACCCAAAAUGAUAUAAUCAGCACACUACAGUCUCUCAACAUGGUUAAGUACUGGAAGGGUCAGCAUGUAAUCUGUGUCACUCCAAAGCUUGUUGAGGAACAUUUAAAGAGUUCGCAAUACAAACGUCCCAUACUAACUGUAGACACAGCAUGUGUCAGAUGGGAGCCACCACGUAAACAGCAUAAAAUGAAGAAAACCUGAAAGUCUACGGAAGUUAACUGGCAAUAACUUACAGUUAUAAGAAUCUUUAUUCUAUCAGUAGAGAUGAGUAAAUGAGUGACAGUACUGAGAGAUGAUGGCAGCAAUAAGAAUAUGUGUCUAUACAUCACUUAAUGACAGUCUUUAUCUUUUAUACUGACUCGUGAAAUACUUGGUUUUAUCCUUAAAAUAAAAUCCAUAUCACUUGUAGUAUUUCUCUUUCACUGUGACUGAUAACAGCUUUGCUGGAGUUUUUUGGUGUAUGUUUUUGGAAAUUUGUAAAUUUACAUAAAUUUAUUUGUUUUUGUUUAUUUCUUGAUUUAAAUAUCUGUAUUUUUUUCUUGAAAAAGAAUGCAUGAAUAAUGACUUUAAAAGUGAAUUAUUACUUUUGUUUGUGUAGUGUUCCUGUAGCUGUUAAAAGGUUGACAUUAUCUUCUUUAUAUGCAUCUGUUUCAUUGCUUUAAAUAAGAAAACAAUGUUAUAUUCUUUAAAUGCUUUUGAUUUAACAUUAAAAUGGUUCUUUAGAAUGUUGCCUUAUGUAAGUUGAUUGUAUGAAUGUUAAAAAUUACAAUUCAGUGUUCAGUCUAGACUGUGCCAUUGCCCUUUUUGCACUUCAAAUAUAUAAACAUUUGAAUAUCACAAAUUUUCUUUCAGUUAUAUGAGCCACGUCACGACAAAACCAACAUAAUGGGUUUGUGACCAGCAUGAAUCCAGACCAGCCUGCGCAUCUGCGCAGUCUGAUCAGGAUCCAUACUGUUCGCUUACAAACUCUAUAACAAGUAGAAAAACUGAUAGCGACAGCAUGGAUCCUGAUCAGACUGCGCGGAUGCGCAGGCUGGUCUGGAUUCAUGCUGGUCGCAAACCCAUUAUGUUGGUUUUGUCGUGACGCUGCUUAUAUGUCUGAUUCCCAAAUUGUGGGCCUGAACAAAGCUGGAUUAAACAAUGAUGCAUGUUUUAACAUGUAUUGAAAUCAGUCGGCAAGCAGCAGUUGUUAGUUGAAAUUUGAGAUCUGACUGUAUUAAGUUAGGACAAGGUUAGCUUUUAAAA